GCUCUCUAUCUCGUAUUUGAUGCAUUUUUUUCUACUGUCAAAUCCGUGUUUUGUGUGCAUCAAAGUGCAUCAUUAAUAAUUGUAAACGUUCAAUACAUGUGUGCAUGUGUGUGUUCUAAUAAACUCGUCAAAAAAAAAAAUAAAAUAAACAUCAAAAAUUAAUAAUAAUUAUAUUUAAAAUAGCGGUAUUGUUGCCAAGAGAGAAAAUACAUGAAAAAUUUUUGUUUAUUUGUGUAGGAAAAAUAAGCUCUAUUUUUCACUCUUAGUCAUCAAAAAAAAAAAAUUAAUUUUUAUCUUGACAAAUGAUAUAUCAUAUUUUGGUAAAAAUUAUUUAUAUUAUACAUUCAACUCAAUGAUUUACGUCUUACAUUAAUAAUUUAUUAUAAAAAAAAAAAAUAGAAAUACAUGUCCAUGAUGAUCAUGAUGAUUACCAGUUUGAUAAAAAAAUGAAUCAAAAUAAAAGUCGACACAAAAAGUGUGAUAGAUAAUUGUAUAUAUAAUUUUUGUUUUUCUUCAAUAUUAAUUAUCAAUUAAAUUAGGCUUAAUAAUGGGAAAACAAAGUGAAUCAUGUUGGUGGUGCAUGAAAGCAUUCAAAUGGGUUCCUGUGUUGUUCAUACUGACCAUCGUUGGUUGGUCAUAUUAUGCAUACGUGGUGCAACUUUGUUAUUAUACAAUUGAGAGUUUUAUUCAAAAAGUAUUUUAUUUAUUUUUUUUUCACAUAUUAUUGGGGCUAUUUCUUUGGGCUUAUUGGCAGACUGUUUCAACAGAUCUUACACCAAUUCCUGACAUGUUUAAAGUACCUGAUUAUGAAAUGGAAAAAUUACAACAAGCACCAAAUGAAGAUGCACAACUUGGAAUACUUGAAAGACUUGCACAAGAUCUUCCAAUAACAAAUAGAACAGUCAGAGGAGCUGUACGUUUUUGUGACAAAUGCCAAGUUAUUAAACCAGACAGAACUCAUCAUUGCAGUGUUUGUCGUACUUGUGUAUUAAAAAUGGAUCAUCAUUGUCCAUGGGUUAAUAAUUGUGUUGCAUUUCAUAAUUAUAAAUUUUUCAUGUUAUUUUUGAUGUAUGCAUUACUUUAUUGUGUAUUUAUUGCUGCAACAACUUUACAAUAUUUCAUUCGUUUUUGGAGGUCUUUUACACAGAAUGAAACAGAAGGAAUGGCUAAAUUUCAUUUACUAUUUCUUUUCUUCGUUGCAAUCAUGUUUGCUGUCAGUUUGAAUUCAUUAUUUUUUUACCACUGUUAUCUUAUUCUUCACAAUCGAUCGACACUUGAGGCAUUCAGACCACCAAUGUUUCGAAUGGGCAAAGACAAAGAUGGAUUUAGCAUUGGUAAAUACAAUAACUUUCAAGAAGUAUUUGGUGACAAUAGAAGACUCUGGUGUCUUCCAGUAUUUACCAGUUUUGGAAAUGGAGUGGUCUAUCCAGUACGCCCGCAGCAUCAAGCUGGUUCUAAUACUUACAACUCCAUGGGCAAUACUCAAAGCAGUUUUGGCGAUGGAAUAAGUUUUCCGGAGAGGCUCCGCGACGAGGACUCACAUACUCUUCUGGGUAAUAUGGCCUAGAGUAUCAAGCUAGUCAAGGAAUACAAGGCUUAUUAUCCUUUUUUUUUUUUCUUUUGUUUAUCUAUUUUUAUCUCAGGUACCUAGUAAACUACUUAUUCAUGUUUUUUUAUUUUUUUCUAUUUUCAUUUCUACUUUGGGCGUCUUUUGAGCGAGAACAAAAUAAAAUACUAUUUUGAGGCAUGUAGGGUAAAAUAAACACCUCAA